GUCCUAAGCGAAGCUAAUAGGACUGAACUUAGCGGCCUAGGCAAAAACCAGAUCCAAGUACACCAUUUCAUUGCCAAAAACACCUCUAAAACCUUGAUUGAUUGAGAAAAGCACAAAUCGAACACCCACUCUCUUGUUCAUCAAUUAUGACUUCUUCAAUGGCUCUAAGUCUGAGAAAAGCAGCCGGAGUUUCAACACUGUUCAAAUUACUCAGCCCCAAAUCCCAUUUUACCACCGCGCCACCUUCAAUCACACGCUUUUUUUCCUCCACUACCACCUCGGAUUCAGAUUCCAUGAGCAAAGAAGAGAAGAAGUCUCCAGACCCAAUUAUGGUAAAGGGUGCUCCGCAAGAUAUCAAAAUGGAGAACCCAUUUCAGUCAGCUGGACCUCCGAACGUGCUAGAAGUGGAUAAUAUGAAGGAUGGAAUACUUGUGAGAGUGGCAAUGCCUGGUGUUAGUGAAGAUGGGAUUAAGGUAUGGUUAGAGAACAACACUGUUUACUUUACUGGGAAAGGAGAAAUUGAGUUGGAAACUGAGAAAUCAGGGAGGAAAUAUGGAGGGAGUCUUGAGUUUAAGACUGAUUGCUGUAAAGCUGAGAAGGUUGAAGCACAAAUCAAAGAUGGUAUUCUUAAAAUGGUAGUUAAAGGUGAGAUGGGAGAAGAUUGAUAGCUUUGAGUUUCUACUUUUGUUUUCUUUUUUGUUGAUGUAAUCCUUAGACUUCAUUUAUGAAAUAUUUAUAGGAUUUGGGGGAAAGGAGCAUUGGCGUAGCGAGAAAACGUAUCUAGGAUUUUAAGAGUAUGGGUGCAUUAUAAUACCGAUGGACCGUCUAGCUUGACUCCAUCAAAAUUGUGAUAUAACAACUUACCGAACAAACCAUGGUUAAUAAUAUUAUCACAAGGAAAUAUUAUUUCGUUUA